GUUUUUUGUGUUUCAGUGACGCUGGCGCAGGUGCCCAUGGACUGCUGCUUGAGUGUCGCAAACAAAACCAUCGACAAACCCAAGGUGGCAGAUUACCGUCGACAGAUCAGCGGACAGGGCUGCUCUAUUGAUGCCAUGAUUUUUGUGACCAGAUUUGACAGGAAGCUCUGUGCGCCCGCUGACGAGCUGUGGGUGGAAGAGCUGGUGAAACACGUGGAUUCCCUGAAGAAAUACUGCAAGAAACACCACUACAUGGGCAAACGCUGCUUUAAAGUGAAGCGUGAGUAAACGGGGAGUGACCUCUGACCCCUUCAGCCACAGCAGCACCAACAGAGCCGGCCGGACCACCGCUGCACGUCAGGGAGGAGACGCCGUGCAAAAUAAACAAAAAAUUCAUUAAAAAUAAUAUAACGAUUCUGUGUUGUAAUCAUUCUGAGUUGUAAUGAAAUUAAAAAAAAUCUUGUUGAAGGAUAUAUAUAUAUUUUUUGUAGCAUUUGUUUUUUGAAGUGAAAGAAUUGUGAAAGAAACAUGAAGAGCAGAAAAUGUGAAAGUUUGUAAGCGUGUGAAACUCUGAACUACUCAGGCAACAUCAGAUUAUUUGUUAUGUGGAUUUAACUGAAUUGACUUUUUUUUUUCAAAAUAAAGCCUUUUUUUCCAGAUCAUAA